UUGAUGUGUGCUCCCAACACCUCUGGAUAGCUUAUGUUUUAAGCAUUGUCUGUAGUUCAUUCUUAUGGAUGAUGUUCAGCAGUGGAUGACCUGGGAAGAAUAAAAGACAGCCUAUGUAAUGACACUACCCUAAAAUGCUGCCCCAGCAGCUUGCCACUGAGAAGUAUUAAUUGCAAAGACCUUCACAGUGGUUUAAUCCAGGUCGUGAUUCCCUGACUUGACUACGAUAUCACAUGAAGCAGCUUCGGAAGGCUCGCUAGAGUCAGGACAGAUGAUCUUUUCUGCUUCUCCCGUAUAGAUAAGGGCUGUUACUCUGAAAGAGAAAAUAGAUUAACUCUUGACAAACUGUGUUGGAGAUGGUUAGUAGUCUUAUUGACUUCCACAAACAACUUACAUGUACCAGAUUAUUAUUUUUUAAAUUACAGGCAAAUUCAUUGGUUCAUAACCCUUAGCCUGUCUUCUUGUCUGUUUCCAGUUAGGUAGGUUUGGGCCUCUUUCAUGCUUCUGGUGUCUGACUCACCCUUCACAAAUCUGUCAUUGAGAUAUUUAAGGGUCAUCAGACCCACAGAGCCUGAAAAUACCACAUUUUUCUAAGCACUUUCUACGCUUUUGUUGCUUUUAACUUUGCCGAACAUUCUUACCUUGUUAUUGUUUAACUGCCCUAGUCACCAGCUCAAAGUUCCCAUUAUUGCCACAUUGCCUUUUGCUCACCAAACCCCAAUGCACAGCAGGAGAAAGGCAUGCAGAUUUGUUAAAACAGACAGUGGUAUAUCUGAAUGGAAUUUGGGGACUAUUGAAGAAAAGGGCCAUGUUAAAAGUAGAUCAAUUGUGUGGACUUCAGAUCAGGAACGAGGAAUGUCUGUAUAAUAAAUUUCUUGAAUCUGUUCUUCAAUAAACUAGCAUCACUUUGCUUAGUGAUGCUACUUCCCCUGUGCUUGUGCUAAGUUACGUAGUGGAUUGUUGGGGUGAGUGACUUUUUCUCCUUUACCUGGAGCGAUCCUAAAGUUAACAUGUACUAGGAUGUGGUAAAAGAUCCAUUUAGUUGAUUAAGAUUUUCCUCUACAUUGGCUGGGGAGGAGGGUAGAAAUAACUCAUGAUUUUGGGGCUUUCAGAGAGGCAAAGCUGGAUCUUGUGUUGAAACUGGCUGUAGUCAGCAAACGUGUUUUCUUACACUGUGGUCAGGCGCAGCAAGGGAUGUGUCUCUCUUGAUCAGACUCUGCCAGAGACUCUGGAGUUUCCAGUGAACACAGUAAACAGUAAGAGCUGCAAGGGAGGCCGGGACAGACACUUCACUUAGUGCUGACCAUGCUGAUUCUGUGGAUUUAAAUUUUCUCAUUUUCUGAAGCUACACUUGCUUGUGCUUGCUGUGCUUUUCUGACAAAAGAGCGAGCUUCCUGGGAAGACCUGAAGCCAUAUCCCAGGAUCCACCUUCCAGGCAAUGCAGGCUUUUGUAACCACCCUUCCUGGUUGACUCGUUGCAGCUAAGACACUGCUCUCCAAACGGCAAACUUGCAUCUCAAACAUCUGCUGAGGACUCUUUUACUUUGGAGGAGACUUUAGCUCCCUUUUCCAAGAGGAAGGCACAAGAAGCCAUGUAGCUUCUCCCUUUUUUGUGAGCGUUCUGGUUGUCUGAAAGGAUUUUUGGGGUUGCAGACCACCUCACCAAUUCCCCGAGCAGCCGGGGCUGCUCUCUGCAGCGGUAGGUCUCUCCCCGCCCAGCAUUCGCGCACCCCAAAUGGCUGCGAUGACCGAGAGCCCCGCCGCGCUCUGCCCCGGUCCGCACCCCCUCGCUACCCGGCGGCCCUCCGGAGGAGGGCAGCUCCCCGGGCGGGCUCGCAGCCCGGGCGGCCGCGGCGCUGCUUCCCGGCCCGCAGGGGCACGCCGCUCCUGCAGUACCCCGACGGCCCGGGGCCGGCUGUGGCCAAGAGCCAGGGCCCGGCGGCCCACGGGAGGACCGAGGGCCCCAGAGCAGCGGCGACCCGUUCGCUCCUGCCCUGCCCCGCCCCGCCGGGCCGGGCCAGCCCAGCGGCCGCCGCCGCACCUCCCUCCCUGCCGCGCCGCGAAGGUCUGUGGGGCGGCCGCGGGCCGGAAGCGGAAGCGAGCUGCGCCCGAAGCUGCGGCGCCUCUGUGGCGGCUGGGGCGCGGGGCUGCGGUCCGGCCCUUCCGCUUCCUCCCGGGAGCCGGCGGCGGGCGCGUCUGCGCGGGCGGCGGGAGCCGGCGGCGGCGAGUGACGGCGUGUCCCUCCGCAGCGCUGAGGGGCGGAGCGGCGCGGCCCAUGGACCGGCACAAAGUGAAGCGGCAGAGGCUGGACCGCAUCUGCGAAGGCAUACGGCCUCCUAUUGUGAAUGGCCCAAUGCCAGCACGGCCACUGGUUGCGCUCCUGGAUGGACGAGACUGCACGGUGGAGAUGCCCAUCUUGAAGGAUGUUGCUACAGUGGCAUUUUGUGAUGCUCAGUCAACUCAGGAAAUCCAUGAAAAGGUGCUGAAUGAGGCUGUAGGUGCACUGAUGUAUCACACCAUUACCCUUUCUCGUCAGGAUCUGGAGAAAUUCAAAGCCCUCAGGGUCAUUGUGCGUAUUGGCAGUGGCUAUGACAAUGUUGACAUCAAAUCCGCUGCAGAAUUAGGCAUUGCAGUUUGCAACAUCCCUUCCUCCUCAGUAGAGGAGACUGCUGACUCCACCCUCUGCCACAUCUUGAACCUCUAUCGCCGUGUUACUUGGCUACAUCAGGCUAUGCGAGAAGGGAAUCGAGCCUCGAGUGUAGAACAGAUUAGAGAGGUGGCUGGAGGCGCUGUGCGUAUCCGUGGGGAGACUUUGGGCAUCAUUGGACUAGGCCGAGUUGGACAGGCAGUGGCUCUGCGAGCCAAGUCCUUUGGCUUCAACGUGAUUUUCUAUGAUCCCUAUCUGCCGGAUGGAGUGGAGCGAUCCUUGGGUUUACAACGAGUAGGAACCCUGCAGGAUCUACUAAUGCACAGCGAUUGCAUCACAUUGCACUGCAGCCUGAAUGAACAUAACCAUCACCUCAUCAAUGACUUCACUAUUAAACAGAUGCGCCAGGGCUGCUUCUUAGUGAACACAGCCCGGGGAGGGCUAGUAGAUGAGAAGGCCUUAGCGCAAGCCUUGAAAGAGGGGAGAAUCAGAGGGACAGCUUUGGACGUGCAUGAGUCUGAGCCUUUCAGCUUUGCUCAGGGGCCCUUAAAAGAUGCACCCAAUGUGAUCUGCACCCCUCACACUGCCUGGUACAGUGAGCAGGCUUCCAUUGAAUCCAGAGAAGAUGCAGCUAAAGAGAUCCGCAGAGCCAUUACAGGUCACAUACCUGAUGCUUUGAGGAACUGUGUUAAUAAGGAGUACUUGCUGUUAGCAGCUCAGUGGUCCAGUAUUGAUCCUGCAGCUGUCCACCCAGAACUCAAUGGAGCUGCAGCUUACAGGUUUCCUCCAGGAGUAGUGGGAGUAGCCACCCCUGGGCUACCAGAACCACCAGUAGUGGAAGGGAUUGUAGCUCACGGGAUCCCUUCUGUUUCUCACUCUGCACCGCGUACCCCUUCCCCAGGAGAGACGAGCAAACUGGAGGCAGACAGAGAGAUUCCUGCUGACCAAUAGCAGCAUCUUUCUCUCCUGUCCUCUGGCAGUAGAAAAAUGUAGGAGGGUAAAGGACCUUCUUUAACACCCUACAGAGACUGUUUCCUGUUCAUACAGGAUGGAAGAAUGCAUUUCAUUACCGGCAAACUUUAGCUCUUGCCUUUAUUUUGUAACCCUUUAGUUUUAAUCUCAGUGAAUCUUUCUCCUUCUCUGGGGCAGGGCAGCAGUGACCUUGCCUCCCCUCAGAAAUACUUGGUUUAACCAGUGAUUUUUCCUAUAUAUCUGCCUCUGUUGUCUGUGUCAGGGAACUGUCCUUGUGCACUUGAAAAUAGAAGUGGAGCUGCUUGAUCAGGGAUGGCCUUCAGUGUUCCUAACACCAAACUUCAGUGCACACUUUUCAGUUGUGACUUGUAGCUUAAAUUUAAUUUGGCUGAACCUCUGUAAGUGUAGCUAUGGGGAAUAUUAGGAAAAUACUAGUGAAUUGGAGAAGUUGUGACUAUUGUCUUUAUUAUGCCCUUGGUAGGAUGCAGCCCAAGCUCAGCUCCGUGUGUUACUUUGCUUGUUUUAAUUAAGGUUUCCUGUGAGAACAGACACAGCACAGGCGUUGCUAGUUCUUGACAAUACAAAGUUUUGUCUAUGCAGUACUAGGCCUGAAGUUAAAAUAACAGUAUCAAAGCCAGCCUUGUAAAUAAUUUGAAAGGGACUGAAAUGCCAUCAUAUGUGUUCUGGUAGCCACUGUGUUUGUGAGGCUUCAGAACAGUUUACCCUGGAGCCUGUGUAACUUGGGAGAAGGCAAGAGAAUGCAGAAAUGGGAAAAACUUGCACAGGGAGACAGCAUGUAGCAAUAACUUGCAGCUGCAGUUGCUGGUUCCUCACACACACGUACCUCGCAGUCUAACGGUGGUGUUUAUUCACAAGGUACCUAUCAUGUUAGAAUUCUAAGCUUUGUGCUACAGGUUUGGGUUUGUUUUUUUUUUUUUUUUCAUAACUGCAUGAACUAGAAGUAACGUACCAGUUCAGUGACACUUGCCUCUAUGCUGAUGGAGAAGGCAGCUUGUAAGAGUUGACCAAAUUACUCUACUUUAGCUCUGCUAUCAUAUACUGCAUCUCCAAUGGUGGGCAGGGCAAGACAGUGGUUUUUUUUACGUGCAUAAGCUUUGUGAUACUAAAGGAGAAAGAACAGUCUUAGCUUGUCACGUGAAGCCAAGGCAGGAUUGUUGCUUUCAAGUCUUCUCCUGUUUCCCAAAUGACUGAAUAUGAAUCACUUCUUUGAGGGGUACGGAGUCUUCAGCAAAACAGGUUCCACAGGAGAUUUUUCCUUAAUUCCAAAUCUUUCUUUAACUUAAUCUUGUUACACUUUAGUUAUAGCCUUUCUGGGCACCAGAUGUAACAAUUCCUGAUUCAUUUGUUCAUGUUCUGUGGGUAUAUUAAAGUAGGUGCUAUAUGGGAGGCAUGCCCUAUGUCUGGGUUUGUCUGCCUCCCUUGAUUCUUCCCUCUGUUGUGUGUUUGUGACUGGAAGCUGAACAGCUGGGAACAGACUGGAACUACACCUUGGGGUGUGGACAAAUUCCUCUGUUUAAGCUGUUUAUAGUUUGGGAAGCUGAGGAAAGCUUUUGGAGUCAAUAAGCUUUCAGAUAUUUUUCCUUGGUUUUAUUUUUUUCUCCAAUACUGCCUUCAUAUAAUGGCUUACUACUGAUACAGUAAAGUGAAUCAUUCCUUCCCCCCCACCAAUUCUAGACAGGAAAAUAGGCAAGAAGUAAACUUCAGGUGUUUUCUUACAGAUUUUACACUUUAACUGUUUAGCAUUAGUGAGAUUAUGUUAGUUCUCUAGUCCUGAGUGUCUUUUUUGGUAAGGUAUUUGUCUUGGUGAAGGUUCUUGGUUUCUGUGUUUUCAUGGACAAUGCUGAUUCUACUUAAAAUUCAAAUACCUCCGUGGCUGCUCAGGUUUAGCAGAUCAGACUGGGACUGGUGGUAGGCACAAGUUAGAGGAGAACUCUUCUGAGCAAAAGCCUAGAGCUCAGAAGCACUUUGAUUACAGCUGUACCUAAAAAUAACCAGCAGCACUUUCCUGACUUCUCUAAUCUCUAGGAAAUCUAAAUUUUAUAAGCUAUUAGCUCAGAAAGCUGUUCUUCUGACAGGCAGAUGGGGAAAAGUUUUCAGGGACUGAGAGCUCAUCUUCUGUCUAUUACUACAUUAGGGAAGCAGUCUGUCAGUAACUUCUCUUUCCUUAUUUUCUGCUGAAAAUUCCAGCCCUGCUUAGAAGUUCAGGUCUGAGACUAUUUUGUGGUAAGGGGCUGCUAGCUAUGAGCUUUGUGAAUACAGAGGAUCAGAGUACGUUGACCUUGACUCCUCUAAAGCACAAUGCAAAAUAGAUUUAUUUUUUAAAAGAGGCAGUAAUUUUUUUUCUUCUUAAAUGCAAGUAUCUCUCUAGACCAGGCAAAUAACUGAGCAGAGGAAGUGAGGAAAGAGCUCAUUUGGGGACAGUUGAGUUUCUCAAAUCUUAUUUUGGUGCCUAGAUAUACUGGUGACUAGUAAGCAUAGGAAUUAAAUAACCGAUGUCAUGAGAAAUAUUUCCAGUUAUGGGUACUGAGGAGUUGAAGCUGACAGCACUGAUAGUGGCUCUGUUUUAUCCAACACUAUGUAGGCUUGUGAUUGGAUAUGGAGGCAAUUUUCCCUGAUUAAAGCCACAGUAGAAAAUGUUGAGAUAAAAAUGAACAGAACCCUUAUCAUGACCUCAAAGAAGGACUCUCUUUGUGCUUAUAGGAUUACUCUGCUUGUAUGCCAUUUGUACCUCUGCUUAUAGACUGAACCUAUUAUCACCAGACGAAGGCUGUUCUGAACAGAUAGCUCAAAGAAAAAUUUACCAAUACUUAAAGUACCCUGUGGUCUUCUCCAUCCCGAGUGCCAAGCCCUUUGUUAGCACUCUCUCCUGUGUGAUAGAUGAUUUGCAGCUCUCCCUCCCAAGCUUAGUGCAGUACACAGAAGUGGAAGGAUUUUUGUUUUGUUUUGUUUUUUAAUGCCUUCCUUCAGAACUAGCACAGAGCUUUAAUCCCAAAGAACAGAGUCUCCCAGGGUGAGGCAGGAGUGCCCUAGCUGCACUAAUCUGCUUACAGGAGGUGCUCACACUGUCCCAAGGUACAUUGUUUGUCAGGGUCACUGCUGCUGACCAGCUUUUUUUAUAGAGGACUCAGAGUUUCAGAAAUAUAUUUUUGUAGACAAUGACUAAACUGUGAAACAUUGAAAUAAAGCAUGUAAAGAAAAACUUA